ACUAUAACCGAGGACGUGGAGAGCCGUGACUUGACUCCUGACUGAGAUUAAAACAUUAAUUGUAAUUAUUAAAUAAUGUUAAUAAAAUAACAAAGUUUUAAAUAGUGAAAAAGUGUGAAUUUGAAUGCAGAAAGUUAUUGAAAGUGUUAAAAAUAAAUUAGCAGAUAAAUUUAUGUUAUAAAUUUAAGUUUUUUUGGAAUAACAACAAACCGAGUAAUAAUGUGGUUAGAACAGUGCGAUAGUUUUGCCGAACUCUGUCGCAGCUACUUGCCUUAUUAUUUAUUAAUUGUAUUACCUAUUUUUAUUGUUGUAUCUCCGGUAAAUCCGGUGGCUGCUUCACAUGAAUUACCUGUUUAUCGCAUGCAUCAGUAUGAUUUACACGGAAUUCCUCAUGGUUGCAGAAGUGCAUCAGUACUGUUGGAAGCACGUGGAUUAAGUAAUUGGCGCACAUCCCGGCACUGCGUUAUUGCACGUCUUAAUGAUUUAACACCUGAUUUAUUUUAUACAAUUAAAAAUAAAGCUGGAGCAUUAGUUAUUAUGCUUCCUAAAGACAUGACUAAUUUAACCAUUGAUCAACAGCAGGCAAUACAAUUACUAGAAACAACUAUGCUAACAAGUGGAGAAGUAGCAAUCCCAGUAUAUUUCUCACCAUGGAACGACAAUCUAAAAUCAAUAAUAACUGAUUUAGAGGUCGGAUUUUCUACUAAUAACAACGGAGUAAAAACUAGUUCCGAGAUUCAGUCGUUGAUUGAUAUUGUCUCAGCUAGUGGUUAUCAGGUUAUUGUUAGUGCGGGUCAACCAAUUCCUCGUAAUGACGUCAAGAUAGCGACAAUUCAUGGUAGAUUAUCUGGUACUGGUGCUGAGGACAAACUGCCGACAAUUGCAUUGGUUGCUUAUUACGAUAGUUCAAGUGUCGUUACGGAACUGUCUACGGGUGCAGAGAGUAAUGCGUCAGGUGUGUCAAUGUUGUUAGAACUAGCGAGGGUGUUUUCAGCUUUGUAUUCAAUUGGUAAAUCACGACCGAAAUUUAAUGUUGUGUUUGUACUGAGUGGCGGAGGUAAAUUGAAUUAUUAUGGAAGUAAAAAAUGGCUCGAAGAUCAAUUUGAUGGUUUGGAAGGCUCUGUUAUUCAGGACGCAUCAUACGUUCUCUGUUUGGACGCCUUGUCUCUAUCAGACAACAUCUACCUGCACGUGUCAAAGCCUCCAAAAGAAAACUCCUUCGGUUACUUAUUCUACAACGAACUGAAGACCGUAAUCGAGAGCUACAACUCCAAGACUGAAGACAACGUGAGUCUAGAAGGUAUUCAUAAAAAAAUUAACCUGGCCGACGAGUCUUUGGCUUGGGAGCACGAGCGCUACAGUAUAAGACGCUUGCCAGCGGUGACAAUAUCUUCUCUCAGAAAUCACGAUAAUCCUUUGAGAGCGUCGAUACUCGACAUAAACAACAAUAAAAAACUAGAUAGGCUGCACAGAAAUACUAAAUUAGUCGGCGAAGCACUAGCGCGUCGGAUCUACAACUUAAAUUCCACGGAAAUAUUGUCGACGCCUGUCGCAGUGUCCAAACAUUCAUUAAAUGUUUUGUUUGAUUACUUGACGUCUCAGUCGCGGUCGGUGCCAAUUUUAUCAGACAGCAAAAACUCAAACAAUCCGCUGGUUAAUUCGUUGCAUGAAUACAUGCAGAGGUACUUGAGUGACGUUAAAAUUCAUUACUACUCUGCGGACAAAAGAGAUCCUGAGUUUGUGUUUUAUGACAACACUAAAACAGUAAUGAAUGUUUACAGUGUUAAGCCAGCGAUAUUCGAUUUAUUUUUGACAAUUGCUAUUGCGGUUUAUUUAGCGAUUAUUUAUUUAGCUGUAUAUAAAUUUUCUAACUUUUAUAGCUUCGUUGAGCGUUUUGCUAGCUAUAAAAAUAAAGUCCAUUAAAUUAUUUUUAUAUUGUUGAUUAUUUGCUUACACAGAACUUUAGCUCAUUUUAUUCAAAUUUUUGUUAUCUGUGUAAAUUUUGAUAAUUAGCAAUUAUUUAAGUAAUAGAAUCUGUUGUGAAUCAAGGAAGAAAUAUUGAAAUAGAAUUAAGUUUUUUUUUUUGUGGGUAAUAAUGAACAAAUUGUUAGUUUAAAUGGCGAGUGAUUUUUUGAGUGAGUUCAAGAGCGAUUAUAUGUAAUUAAAGUAAUAGAGCAAUAAAUAUAAAUAUAUGUACAAUAAA